AUGUCGCACAGCAAACGAAACACGACGAGAGCCGUCUUCACCUCAUACGAGCGCAGUCUCGCCAAGGCUAACUGGGCGUCCAACUCGGCGCGGCUGCACCGCGACUCGUUUCUGUCAUUCGGUUCAUGCAGCCUGUGCCUGGAACCGGCACGGGACCCGGUGUCGUGCCCGCGGGGCGACAUCUUUUGCCGGGAGUGCGCGCUCGCCAACAUGCUCGCCCAGAAGAAGGACAUGAAGCGCGCCGACAAGGCGCGGAGGCAGGCGGAACGCGACAAUGCGCAGGCGCAGGCCGCCCACGAUGAUGAGGACCAGCGCAGGGCAAUACGCGACUUUGAGCUCACCCAGGCCGGACUUCUUGGCGCCGCCGCCCGACCUGUCGCGAAACUAGACGAAAAGCACGAGACAAAUCGCGAAGAUACACUAAGAAUCACGAACGGAAAGCGAAAAUUCGAGCUAGAUGCGGAUGAGCUAGAAAGAAUAGCCAAAGAAGACCGUACAAAAGCUCGGAAGGCUAUUGAAGACGAAAAGGCCGCAAAGUUAUCAUUGCCAUCGUUCUGGACACCGUCGCUCACGCCCGACGCUACUAAAGACGCCAGACUGCUCGAAGCCUCAAAAAAGACCAAGCCCGUCGCCGUGUGCCCCGCGUCUCCCAGUGACAGCCCUCACGCGCUCACCAUGCAGAGCCUCAUAACCAUUCACUUUGACGUGCAACCCGACCCAUCCAGGCCUGAAACCACCACGCGCGUCUGCCCGUCGUGCCGCAAGGCGCUGACCAACGCCUCCAGCCCGGCCAUGGCCGUCAAGUGCGGGCACGUGCUGUGUCUGAACUGCGUGAAGCAGUUCGUGAAGCCGCCGUCGAAGCAGCCCGCAAAGGGAGCAACAACCGACGUGCCCGCGGCGUGCUUUGUCUGCGAUACGCCGUUGGCGUGGUUGGCUGACGGGCCGGCGUCCGGGUCGACGCUGCCAAGCGGUAUGAUUGCGUUGAAAUCCGAAGGCACGGGCUUCUCGGCGCGGGGCGGCAAUACUGUGGAACGAACAAACGUAGCUUUCCAAUGCUAG